AUGAGUCACGUGGUAUUCCUCAUUUGAUACAAGCUCCGGCAAUGUAUUGAAACUGUGCGCGUCACAAGAGUGAUACAAGCUUCGAUAUCAUCCGCCCAUCUCUACUGUGAACUGUUGUAAUGUUAUUAAUCGGUGAACGCGUCUGGCGCUGUUGUAAUAUUGUGUAGUUAACUCACAUUAGCAGAGGCUAAUUUUAAGAGCACACAUUAGCUGGAGUCUUGAGAAGCAGCAAGGGGCGGUGGGCUGCUAAAACUGCUGCUAGCUAGCAGCGUCACAAAGCUAGCUAGCUGCAACUCUGCUGAGAAACGAAGAUUUGUAGCUAACAAAGCUAAAUAAAUUAGAAGCUGGGAUUGGUCUACGACGGUGGGAGUCUGCUACACUGGAGCUGGCAUCGUCACAUUUUCCGUCUUUAAAACCUGGCUGUUGGGCCUGACAACCAAGACGAUGUCUGAGGGAGAGAACAAGCAGGCCUCAGAUACUGCCCAGGAAGUGAAAACGGAGUCCAUGGCAUCUGCACCCACAGGUCAAGCAGUGUCAUCUGUUUCUCCCCCCGUGUCCAUGGUGACCCAGCCUCCAGCCACUGCUGCCACAGAGGAUGAGGAAGAGGAGAGCGAGGAUGAGUCAGAGAUUUUGGAGGAAAGCCCGUGUGGACGCUGGCAGAAACGCAGAGAAGAGGUGAAUCAGCGCAACGUCCCCGGAAUCGAUAAUGCUUACUUGGCCAUGGACACUGAGGAAGGAGUUGAGGUGGUGUGGAAUGAGGUCAUGUUCUCAGAAAGGAAGAAUUUCAAACUACAGGAGGAAAAAGUCAAAGCUGUUUUUGACAAUUUGAUCCAGCUGGAGCAUUUGAACAUUGUGAAAUUUCACAAGUACUGGGCGGAUGUCAAAGAAAACAGAGCGAGGGUCAUUUUUAUCACCGAGUACAUGUCCUCUGGAAGUCUCAAACAGUUUUUGAAAAAAACAAAGAAAAACCACAAGACCAUGAAUGAAAAGGCCUGGAAGCGCUGGUGCACACAAAUACUAUCUGCUCUCAGCUACCUGCACUCCUGUGAACCUCCCAUCAUUCAUGGCAACUUGACCUGUGACACAAUCUUCAUCCAGCACAAUGGCCUCAUCAAGAUUGGCUCAGUUGCUCCAGACACCAUCAAUAACCAUGUGAAAACCUGUCGGGAAGAGCAGAAGAGCCUUCACUUCUUUGCUCCAGAAUAUGGAGCUGUUGCCAAUGUUACCACAGCCGUGGAUAUCUAUUCCUUUGGAAUGUGCGCCUUAGAGAUGGCUGUGUUGGAAAUCCAGAGUAAUGGAGAUUCAUCUUAUGUGUCCCAAGAAGCCAUAAACAGUGCCAUACAGUCCCUAGAGGACCCAUUGCAACGGGAAUUUAUACAGAAGUGUCUUGAGGUGGACCCCAGUAAGCGACCCACAGCUAAGGAGCUUUUGUUUCACCAGGCCUUGUUUGAGGUGCCCUUACUCAAGCUGCUGGCUGCACACUGCAUCGUCAGCCACCAGCAUAUGAUUCCAGAAAAUGCUUUAGAAGAGAUGACAAAGAACAUGGACCCUAACUUGGUGAUUGUUGAGGCCAAGGAGGGAGUUCAGAUGAAGCUCUCUCAGUUUCCUGCCCUUGAGCUGGACAAGUUCCUGGAAGAUGUAAGGAAUGGGAUCUAUCCUCUGACUGCGUUUGGGGUACCAUGUCCACAACAACCUCAGCAGGAGGCGGUGAAGUCGCCCAUAGUGCCCCCCUCAGUAAAAACCCCGACUCCUGAACCUGCAGAACUCGAGACAAGGAAGGUCCUUCAGAUGCAGUGCAAUAUUGAGCCUGUUGAUGAGGGCACCAAGCAUCAUCUGACCUUACUUUUGAAACUUGAGGAUAAAUUGAACAGGCACUUAAGCUGCGAUUUGUUACCAAAUGAGAACGUGCAGGAGCUGGCUGUGGAGCUUGUUCAGCUGGGAUUCAUCAGUGAGGGCGAUCAGCCACGACUUGCAUCCGUUCUUGAAGAGGCCUUCUCAAAAUUCUACAGCCGGAACGGUUCUCUCAAUCCGGUGACUGUUUCCUCGUAGCGGAGGACUCACUAGGUCUUCUUUCAGCCCUCCUCAUCCUCUACAACAGGACUAGCUUUUUGCUCCACCUCUUAGUUGCAGAAAAGCUUUGCGAGGACAGAGGAGGAAGCCUUGGUCUGGUUGCAGAUCCUGCAGCUUGUCGUCGUAUCUUCUGGUGGGAAAAGCUGCCACUAAGUGGUUCUCGCUUUCUAUCUUUGUUUUUGUUUUUUUCAUCCCACCCAAUACAGCCAUCUGCUUCUCUUUUAAAAGAGGAAACCCUAGUCGCAACUUAAAGGAAAAUACAAAUGUUUUGACUAUUUGUCUGAUUUCUUUCAGUUCUUAGUUAAGAAAGACAGAUAAGCACUAAAACUGGAUUACAGCAGUAUUUUCUUUAAGUCAGUAUUAAAACUGUAUUUUAAACAUUUUUACAUAAAACUGUUUGUCUGUGUAAAAAAAAUCUUUGUCCCGGCAUACCUAAGCGUUUGUAUUAUGUUGUUGUGAGGUUAUGUCUGGUCCUUCAAACUUUCUCUUGAGCAGCAAGUCAGGCUUCCUACCUUUUUAUCGGUUUUCAAAGACUCCAAUGCAUCAAGCUAGUAAUGCAACAGAUGCUAUGUCACUUUUACUCAAAAAUUCUGUAAUUAUACAACAAUCUGAAGGACUGCAGCUAAAAUAUAAAAAAAAAUUCUAUUUUAAAAUUUUUUUCUUGAGUGUGUAUACUAUAAUUCACUUCCAGCACUAAGGCCGGUGGUUGUUUGAAUGUCUGCUUUUACUUGCUCUCUUUCUUUAAAUCACACUGUUAUUUUCUAUGAAAUGGGGAUGUUGUCACUUGACUAUGGUCCAACUACUGCUGUAGCUUCUGUCUGUCGCCCAUUGCACCAUUUAUCGAUUAGGUUCUAGGUCAAUAAAAAGUUGGCUGUAAGGGACAUUUUAACAUUUUACUGGAGAGGUUGGUUAGAUCCAAGUGAAGAUGCUUUCUUGUUUAAGCACACAAUCUGACUGAUGUUUGUCAACAGGUUUGGGAAACGCAUGUAUGCUUUUCUAUGUCUAAAUGGAAACUGAUGCAUGCAACACGCUUGCUGCUGGAGUUGGUUCAGUUCUCAUUUUAACAGUGAUGGUGAUAGAAUCAUCAAGUAAUUUAUAAUGCAGAGAAGGUUUUGUCAGCUUAGUCCUGUCAACAUUUAGAUUUUGCGUCUCUAAAUUAUUAGUUUUUGUUUUCAUGGCUGAGGUAUUCUACGUGACCGCAGAGAUAAAACUUUGCCUUCGCCAUGUAGAUAUUCACUUAUUGGCUCAGACCACCCUUAUAUGUUAACUGUUUGCACUGCUGUACACUUUAUAUCCUGUUGGAAAUGUCCUGUGGCCUCUGGCUCCUUCGCAACAACAGGAAGAACUUAGAGAAAUUGGAAAUGGUGUCAUAAAAAAUUUAUUCAACGCUCCAGUGUACUCUAUGCUGGGACUACCUUCUGACAGGGUCUGUAGAUACUUUGAGAUACGAGUGUGGAACUGCCUGGCAUGCUUGUAACCAUCUUGUACACUGUAUGCUGGACACUGCUCUGUUUCUGCAAUGCAUUUACCCCGUUUUUUUCACUUCCUGAAAUAAAAUUGUACACAAUCUU